AGAUAUUCAAGUGUAAACAAGCAGAAUGUUUUCUGCUUCACUUACAACAACUAUUUUUUCUAGUAUCUGUUUGAAAGAGGAUUGUUUAUUAGAUAUAAAAAUGACAAUUAUGUACUGAGCUGCCAUUACAGAUUGAAACCUAUUUUGAAAUCCAGAAGCUUGUUCAUUUCUUGUUGUAAUACAACUUUAGGUAGGAAAGAUUCUAACUGUGCUGGUCUUGCUCCUAUGCCAUUUGAAGAUGAGUACCUUUCCUGGGUUGAUUGAUGAGAUACCAAAAAUAUCCGUUGAUCGAUUCAAUGAGAAAAAUUUAACAUCAGAAUUGUUCUUUUUAUCACACUUUCAUGCAGAUCAUAUGGUUGGCUUGAGAUGUAGUGAGUUCCAUGCAAUUCUCCGAGAAAAGGAAUCAGCAUUUAUUUAUUGCAGCGAACUGACCGCUCUAUUCUUGUCUCAAAACCAUCUUCAAGGCCUUGAUGAGAAAAUUAAAGUGUUAGCUGUGAACAAAGAGCAUGUCAUCAAAAUUAAUGAUGAGCAUGGAUUUGUUUCAGUAACACCAUUGCCUGCAGGGCAUUGCCCUGGGUCCAUAAUGUUUCUUUUCAGUUACAAAGGUCUUAAUUAUUUAUAUACUGGUGAUUAUCGAAUGACUCAAGAAAAUAUAAUGAAAUUAAAAGCUUUAAAAGACCAAGAUGGAUGUUUUAAACCUAUUGAAACUCUUUAUCUGGAUACAACUUUCUUUGAGUCAGCUUACUCAUAUUUCCCCAGCAGGGAUGAAAGUAUGUCUGAAUUAAUUAAAAUGUGCAGGUCUUGGCUAGAGAAGGGGGAUGACUAUGUCAUCGAUAUAAGAACACCUGCUACUGUAGGUGUUGAAUACGUAUUGAUUACUUUGUCCAAAGAAUUUGAUCAGCCAUUUCAUGUGUCAGCGAGUGCACAUGACAAAUAUUGCCGCAUUCCAGAACUUUCAUCAGCUGUUUCUAAAAGUGAUAAGAGUAAACUCCAUGCUUGCAUACCAGGCAAUCGAGUAAGUGGAAAAACUCAGUUUAUGCAAAGUCAUAAAAAUCAAAAAGAACAAAAUGUUUUAAGUAUUAAACUUUGUUGUCUA